UGGAAAAACUAGGCUUACUUGUCUCUGGAAGGGGAGUGCACCUGGUAACCUUAGAUCCAGAAGUAGGGCAGUUCAAGACGACGACGACGACGACGAAUCCACCGACGCCGUUGAGCAGAUCCUGACAGUGCAACUCCGGUGCGACGAUCCCAUCUCCAGCGACCUGAACUCCUAGCAGCCGUCGAAGGUCGUCGAAGUUGCUGAUCGCAGCGUCGUCGAAGGUCGAUGGAGGCGCAGUCGUCGGAGGCUCUGAUAGGCUAAACCCAUUAUCUCCACCCCCUCAGAUCCUCCCCUUGAGAGAUAUUCUCUCAACAAACCCACGUUUCCACGUUCUUCUCAACUCGUUGAUCUGGGAUUUUGAUCGAUAUGCGUCGAAGGGUGCCAGAUUUCAGGCGCCCAGUUCGAAGGAGGAUCUCUGUUUGGAUCUGGUGGCUUAUUGGUAUCUUCGUCAUUGCUGGAUUGCUCCUCUUUGUUGUCCAGCAUCAGCAUCAGGUUCAACUUGACCUCCCUAAUCAGGAAAUUCAGGAAAUGACAUCACAAUCCGCUGAUGACUCACAUGCAAGCUUAAAUUUCACUGAAGAGCUAUUGAGCACAACCUCCUUUGCCAGACAAUUGAACGAUCAAAUAACUCUAGCUAAAGCUUAUGUGAUCAUAGCAAAAGAACACAGCAAUCUCCAGCUUGCUUGGGAGCUAAGUUCACAAAUCAGGAACUGCCAAAGGUUGCUUUCUCAAGCUGCAGUCAGAGCAAAGCCAAUCACCAUUGAAGAAGCACAUCCAAUUGUCAGCAGACUAUCUCACCUAAUGUACAAAGCCCAAGAUUCCCAUUAUGACAUCAGCACAACAAUAGUAACCCUAAAAAAGCAUGCUCAAGCGCUCGAAGAGCGAGCACAUGCAGCUACAGCACAAGGUGCAGAGUUUGCUCAGCUGGCUGCUGAAUCCAUGCCUAAAGCCCUUCACUGCUUAAACAUUAAACUCACAGAAGAGUGGUUUAGAAACCCUUCACUCAAAACACUCUCAGAAGAACAAAGAAAUUCACCUCGGCUUGUAGACAACAACCUUUAUCAUUUCUGCAUAUUCUCGGAUAACGUGCUUGCAACUUCAGCUGUUGUGAACUCCACAAUCUCCAAUGCUGAACAUCCUCAGCAGCUUGUGUUUCAUAUUGUCACUGAUCGGGUCAAUUAUAAGCCCAUGUUGACUUGGUUUCUGACAAACGAUUGUAAGGGGUGUACUGUAAAUGUCAGAAACAUAGAGGAGUUUUCGUGGCUCAAUGCCUCUUACUCUCCACUGAUAAAACAACUAUUAGAUAAAGAGACAAAGGCUUACUACUUUGGAGGUAAAGAUCAAAACGAUGAAGCAAAGUUUAGGAACCCCAAAUUUGUGUCCUUGCUGAACCACUUGAGAUUCUACCUCCCAGAAAUACAUCCUUCUCUUGAAAAAGUAGUGCUUCUCGAUGAUGAUGUUGUUGUCCAAAAGGAUUUAACUGUUCUGUUUUCGCUAGAUUUGCAUGGUAAUGUGAAUGGAGCUGUAGAGACUUGCCUUGAAGGAUUUCAUCGGUUCUACAGGUAUCUUAAUUUCUCAGAUACAAGGAUUAGCGCCAAGUUUGAUCCUCAAGCUUGUGGAUGGGCAUUCGGGAUGAAUAUUUUCGAUCUGAUAGCAUGGAAGAGAGCUAAUGUAACAUCUCGAUAUCACAACUGGCAAGAGCAGAAUGCUGACAGAAUGCUUUGGAAAACUGGCACGCUUCCCGCUGGGCUUCUAACAUUCUAUGGUUUAGUCGAGCCAUUGGAUAGAAGAUGGCAUGUGCUUGGUUUAGGCUAUGACUUGGAGAUUGAUGAUAGAUUAAUAGAGAGUGCUGCAGUGGUGCACUUCAAUGGGAAUAUGAAGCCAUGGCUGAAGUUGGCAAUCAGCAGGUAUAGGCAUUUAUGGGAACGGUACGUGAAUUUUGCACAUCCAUACCUCAAAGAUUGUAUUAUGCACUGAAGCAAUGCGAUUUUUCUUUGCUUCGUUCAUGUUUUUGUUUACAGUGCUAAAAUUUUAGAUUUAGAUUUAUUAUAUCUUAUUUCCCCCAUUGUUAUCACAAUCUCUCUUUUGUAAGUGUUGGGGAAAAAAAAAA